AUGGGGCAAUUCAUUGAGUUCACCGUCUCAUCCGACGCCAUCUGCUUUGGCCCGAUGCAAGACAUUGAGCGCGCGUCCGGCUUACCUGUCCAGCCGCCACCAAGUCCACGCCCUCAUAAAAGCGGCACCGUUGCACACCAUGCUCUUGAGCAUAACGUGCAGGCUCAAAAUGGCAAAUGGCACGCGUAUCGGCUACACAGCACGAAAACGCCCGAGAGGGUCGACGCCUGGUUUGCAGCCCAUGAGCUUGUUGAUCCGCUAUUGGAACUGCGAAAGCUCGUGCGCGUAGCCGGCUCGCCAUAUGAAUACGACUGCGGUCAUAAGUUCAACUGUGAUGCCUCACGGAGAGAGGGAGUCUUGCUCGUUAAUCGCUAUGACUGGGAUCCUUACAAGGAGGAUGAGUUUGCCACGCGAGGCAUAUCUGAGAUUAUCGAGCAUGAAGGCGGCGACUUCAUGCCCAACCGCAACACCGUCGGACUCGUGGACUACGCCUACUCCGCGGCCCAGGUCCGCAACUGGGCAGGCAGAUCGUCGAGCCAGAGGCGUGCCUCAAAGCAUGGAGUCUGGAUGCAUAUUCCCGACUCGGAAUACAUGUGGGUGCGCUUGGGGUUCAACGACGGCUUUACACAUGCGCGCUCCUUUCUCUCCUUCACUCAGCGCACGUCGUUCUUCGAGGCUAGAUUCCCGACUGAGUUAGGGCCCCUGAGGAUUUACGAAACGGAACUAGAGCGGGUUCGUCGAGGCCUGCGAGAGGGGAGAGACUACUCGGGUAUCGCGGAUUUGCGAGAAAUGUACUCGCCGCCCCCGCCCUUCGAAGGAUCUGCCUGCAAUCACCCGCCCGGCGAGGCGGAUCUUCUUGGGCCAUACACUGGAGACGAUCAAAUUCUCACGCCUGGAGACAUCGAAACCCUCCGAGACAGUAUCCCACCGAUCUCAGCACAGGUAGAAGAAUUGCUCCGCGCGCGAGGCUUUGACGAUGCGACGAUAAACCGGCAGAGCAGAGAAAACGCAACGGGCGUCUUCGCGGCGAGUCUACGGGAGGAAAUCUACGACCUCAUGAAUGAGCUCAUGCUGAGCUUCCUAAAGCGCUUCGUUGUCCCACUACGCUCUCACAGCAGCUCAUCCACUCUCGGGUCGGCUCUAUUCCCCAACUCUUCUCAAGUCAGUAGCUUCCGCCGUCACCACCCUGAUCAUUAUCUGCUCCAGAGCUUCAUGGACACUCCGACACUCUCACCAGCCCUGAAUAUCGAAGACAUCUCAGCCCGAGUCGAGGCAUUCAUCAGACGGCAAGCCGAUGGAGACACUGUAGCGUUCAGCGGAGAGUGCCUGACGAGAAUAGCGCGAUUCGUGGCGUUCGUCGUGAUGGACCUGAUAAGACAAGCAGAUCAGAUGUCAUUUGGGAGGGGGAGCUCCGAAGAGAGAAGGGGCGAGGCAUGCAUCAUAGCUCCUCGGCAUGUGCGCAUGGUCAUCUACACUUCUGGGUUCUCUGACAUCUUGAGAUACUCACGUGUGCUCUGGCAGGGCAGAGGUGCAGCAUAG